ACACACCUUCCAGAUCUAAGAUUAGAUCCGACAGAUAUGUAUUCUCCGCUAUGUUUAACACAGGAUGAAUUCCAUCCUUUCAUCGAAGCCCUGCUGCCCCACGUCCGGGCCUUCGCCUACACAUGGUUCAACCUGCAGGCCCGCAAGAGGAAGUACUUCAAGAAGCACGAGAAGCGCAUGUCCAAGGAGGAAGAGCGCGCCGUGAAGGACGAGCUGCUCAGCGAGAAGCCCGAGGUCAAACAGAAGUGGGCGUCGCGCCUCCUGGCCAAACUGCGCAAGGACAUCCGGCCCGAGUUCAGGGAGGACUUCGUGCUGACGGUGACGGGGAAGAAGGCGCCGUGCUGCGUGCUGUCCAACCCCGACCAGAAGGGCAAGAUGAGGAGGAUCGACUGCCUGCGCCAGGCGGACAAAGUGUGGAGGCUGGACCUGGUCAUGGUGAUUUUAUUCAAAGGGAUUCCCCUCGAAAGUACUGACGGGGAGAGGCUGGUAAAGUCUCCUCAGUGUUCGAACCCCACCCUGUGUGUGCAGCCGCAUCACAUUGGAGUUUCAGUCAAGGAGCUGGAUCUCUACCUGGCCUACUUCGUGCACGCAGAAACCGGCCAAUCAGAAAGCCCCAACCAGGCCAGCGAAUCAGAUAUCAAGGAGCAGCCAGAGAACGGUCAUCUGGGUUUUCAGGACAGUUUUGUGACGCCCGGCGUCUUCACGGUGGCCGAGCUAGUACGAGUCUCACAGACACCCAUCGCAGCCGGCACCGGUCCAAAUUUCUCAUUGGCAGACCUGGACAGCUCCUCCUACUACAGCAUGAGUCCGGGAGCCAUGAGGAGACCGCUGCCUAGCACCUCCUCCUCCAGCUCUGCCAAGAGGAUAAAGUGUAUGGAGGAGGAUGUGGACAGUCCAGGCGAGGAGUCCUACUACCCCAGUCAGGGUCGGUCUCCGGGCAGCGGCAGCCAGGCCAGCAGCUGGCACGACGUGGAGCCAGCGAGCCCCCAUGCUCCCCCCUCCAGCCUCCACUUCUCCUCCUCCCCCAUCCUGCAGCAGCCCGGCUCCUACUUCUCCCACCCGGCCAUCAGGUAUCACCCGCAGGAGACGCUCAAGGAGUUCGUCCAGCUGGUCUGUCCUGACUCCGCCCAGCAGGCCGGACAGGUGGGCUUCCUCAACCCUAAUGGUAGCUCCCAGGGAAAGGUCCACAAUCCUUUCCUGCCGACACCCAUGCUGCCUCCCCCUCCGCCUCCCCCGAUGGCGCGUCCCGUCCCACUGCCCGUCGACGCCAAGCCGCCCUCCACCUCCUCCACUGAGGGGGGAGGCAACUCACCCACCUCGCCCACCUACUCCACCCCGACUUCAUCUCCAGCCCAGCGGUUCGUCAGCGUCGGACCCAGAGACCCCGGCUUUAACAUCCCUCAGCAACCACAGUGGUACCUGGGAUAAGGACUCCAGAGGCCCCUCCCCCCUCCACCUGUACGUCAGAUCGCUGCAGCCUCCUCCUCGACCUUUGACCUUUGAUGCCAGCUGUGACAGAGAGUCCCGUCUUGCCCCGCCCCUACAACCCUGCUCUUCUCGCUCCGCGCCUGACUCCGCCCCCACCAGCGCCACACAGACUCGGCAGCAUCAGCAUGGCUACAGCGGAUCGAACGCACCUCGACACCCACUCUGUAAACUGUACGUCGUACACUUCCCUCUUCACAUAUGGUUCAUAUGUUGAUGUUAAUAUAUAGUGCCAGACCCCCCAAACCAGACCAGGCUGACACAUUAAUGGGGGGGUCGAGCCUUCGAUUUUUGGGAACGCCAUAAGACUGAAUCACAGAGCUUCCCCUGUGAGAAACUACACACCCACUCUCCCAUCAUCCUCCACAGCGUGUGCAUCCAGUGGACUUACAACACCCUGUCUGCACCCACCCUCAGACCCCCCCCCACCCAGAGGAUCCCGACAGCUUGGGGUUGGUUCGGUUGGUGGGAUAGGACGUGAUGCACCGUGUCUGGGGCAGGGGGGAGGUGUUACCUGGCUUCGAAACCAUCAGCUAAUACCACCAACCCCCCCACCUGAGCCCUCACACACCUCCCGGGAUAAAUUCCAACCUCGCUUGACCCCGCCCUCUGGUUGGUGGCGUGGCAGGGAGGGAGGAGGUCCUCAAGGCUCUUUCCAAGGACAUGGACCGGUGCUUAAUGGAAAGACGUGACCUGAUGGGGAGGUGGUGUGGGCACAGAUGCCCUGCCUGUUUCAC